AUUUGUUUAUAGGGCAUGACAAUGCUAUACAAUGUUGCGCUUGCAUUAUUGAAGACAUCAAGAAAAGAUCUAACAGCAUUGGAUUUUGAAGGUACUCUCAAGUACUUCCGUGUAACCCUUCCAAAAAAAUAUCGCACAGAAGAAAAUGCCAGGGAAUUAUUGCAUCUAGCAGUCACAACUAAGUUGAGCUCAAAGAAAUUAAAGAAAUUUGAGAAGGAAUACCAGAGUAUGAAACAAAAGUUAAUUGAACAAGAGGAUCCGGUAAUGAGGCUUGAGCGUGAAAACAAAAGAUUAUUGGAAGCCAAUAUGAGAUUGGAACAAGAGAAUGAUGACUUAGCUCAUGAGCUGGUAACCAGUAAAAUAGCAUUACGUCAUGAUUUAGAUAAUGCUGAAGACAAGGCAGAUAGCUACAGUAAAGAGUUGGCAACAACAAAAGAACAGUUAUUGGAAACUGAAGAAGAACGAAACAGACUAGUGUCAGAAUUAGAACAGGUAAUCAAUUUUGUAGUCUCCUGA